CCUUCUACUCCAAUCCCCAAUCCCCCCUUCUUCCCCUCACUCCGGCUCGUCCGUUCUCAGCAGCGGUGAUGCUAAUUUCCAGUCCAAUUUUAGGACAUUGGGUGAACUGAAUGCCCAGCUGGCGCGACGCCUGUGUCGUUCCGAUACUGUCUCCUUUGCCCAUCGCAUCGCAAGCCAAGCCCCUUAUCGGCUUCAACCAAGACCGAACCAGGCAACGGCUCGUGUUUGAGAUAUGGCUGCGCCCGCGCCGCUCCGGUGCCUUUUUUCUAACACCGAGAGAACUGUCGCGCAACCUACCGGAUCACAUCUUGGUCGCAUACGAGGUGUGCUCUGCGCUCUGUACGGUGAGUGGUCGCCUUCCACAUUCCUCCAAGGACCCCGCCCCCUUUCUUCUGUCAUUCAACAACUCGGAACGAGCUGGACUCCCGUCUUUCUGGAGAACGCGGAACAGGGAACAGGGAGUGUGGGCCCACCAGCACGGGACGGGACCUGCGUUUGGAACUUCCGAAACUUGACACCCCGACAGUCCAGCCAACGAACGGGGAGACAUUUGAUGAGAUUCCAAUCGGAGGCAGCACGUCGACCCGAGACCCGUGACCCGUGUGUUCUCCACCUCUUCGUCCGCGACAGAUUUGCCAAGACUGCCUGCCGCCCGCUCUGCCAGCCGGUUGCCACUGGCAGGCAAGAACUCGGAGUCCGUAUGGUCCCACAUUUCUCCGAAUCAAGGAGGUCCGAGCUCCAAGCCAAGCUGAGGUUCCCGAGUCCCCCAAUUAAUAGGUUCUCAUCAGUGCAUCUCAUCAGUCAUCAAUCAUCCGUCAUUGUCAUCCAGCCAGCUCUCCGUCCGGCGUGACGCCCGCCAAGUUUGGGAUUCAGUGUGUGUUGUGUCGAAUGAUGCGGGCGUCCUGCGACAUCACAUCUUUCGUCAUCAUCGUGAUCCGAAAUGCAAAAGAAACGGGAUCCAAAAAGCUGAAGGGUGCAACAUCUCUCGGGAGCCGCCCUCAGUCGUCGGCCCGGCCCUUUCCCCUACUUAGAAAA